AUGCCCUCGCAGCUACAGCCCCUUGGGUUAGUCAGCUGCCCUUAUUGCGGCACAGCCUGCCGCGGAAGUCAUAGCAUCAAGACCCAUAGUGCUAAGAUCCACGGCAUAGAAGCUUCUUCUAUUAGCCCUACUAGGCCUAAUCAGGCUAGCCCGGGCUUAGUCAGCUAUAGAGGCCUUAUAGGAAGAAAGAGACCAGCAAGAACCCCUUCUCCACAGCUACAAAGACCUACAAGGCGGCAAAGGCAGCUACAGCCUAGCCCUACCCUAGAGAGGCCUUCUUCAGAGGAGCCUACCCUAGAGGAGCCUACCCUAGACCGACCAAGCUCGAGGGAAAGCUAUAGGUCUUUUUCUAGCUAUGAAGAAAGGGGAAGACCCUCUAGCCCUAGGUCCUCGAGCCCUGCACCCUCGAGCCCUACACCUUCUAGCCCUAGGCCCUCUAGCCAGGGACCCACUCUAGAGCCUCUAGAAGAAUCUACCCUAGAGCCCCUAGAGCCCCCAGAGGAGCCUACCCUAGAGCUCGAAGAGCCUAUAGAGCCCGAAGAGCCUAUAGAGCCCGAAGAGCCUAUGGAGCCCGAAGAGCCUAUGGAGCCCGAAGAGCCUAUGGAGCCCGAGGAGCCUACCCUAGAGGGACCUACCCUAGAGCAGCUACACAACCAAGCUAUAGCCCCAAUCCUAGCCAAGGCUUCUAUGCAGAAGCUACUAGCUUUUGCAAGGAUCCCUAUACCGGAAAAAAGGCUACAUGCAAGGCAGGCUGCUAUUUUCACAGCUACAGCCCAUAAAGCUGCAGCUGCCUUUCUAAAGAGGCCUACUAAAAAGGCCCUCUUAUAUUUCCUUAUCUUGCCUAGGCUACUAGGCCCGGCCCAAAGGGCAGCUAAGCUACUGGAGAGAGGCUACCUAGGCCGGGCUGCUAGGGCUCUUAUUGAUCCGACCCCUAUAGCACCUAAUUCAGUAGAAAAUAGGGCUAGGCUGCUAGAAAAGCACCCUAUUGGAUCAAAAGACCCCUUCCAAGGCAAGACCCGCCCAAGGGCCGGCCAACCAAUCACAUCAGAGACUAUUAUAGCAGCUAUAGCCUCUAUAGGCAAGGAAAAGGCCCCGGGCCUUAGUGGCUGGACUAGGCCUCUUCUAGACCUAGUAACUAGGAAAGAUUCCCCCGUGAUAGCUUUCCUAAGGCUGCUAGCUGAUAUGAUUCGCCAAGGCACGGCCCCUGGAGCCCACUUAUUAUGCGCUAGCCGCCUAAUAGGGCUUGAAAAGCCCGAUGGAGGGGUUAGGCCUAUAGCUAUAGGAGACCUUAUCUAUAGGGUAGCUAUGAAGGCGAUCCUAAUGACCUCCUAUCGGCCGAAUAUGCUUUUACCCUUCCAGCUAGGCGUGAAUAGCCCAGGCGGGGUUGAACCCGCUAUUUUCCUCCUCUACGAGGCUAUUAUAGGCCCAAAUGAGGCUAAUUUCCAGCAGCUAGCCUCUAUCGACCUCGCUAAUGCCUUCAACUCAGUAGAUAGGGCUUCUAUAGCUGCCUCGGUAGCUACAUAUGCCCCCACCUUCUACAAGGCAGCAGCUUGGGCCUAUAAUGACCCCUCCAUCUUGGUUAUGGAAGAUGGGUCAGCUAUAGCCUCGGCCAAGGGCGAAGCCCUCGAGGCCCUGCAAGACCUCCCUAAGCAGCACUCUUUGCUUCUUCUUAGAGGCAGUAUUCAGCUUCUUCUAAGGCACCUUCAGAGGCAGCUAGACCUAACUGGGCUAGAAGACCUUUGGGAAGAAGCUAAUACCCUUAUAAGGGAAGCCAUUAUAGCCCUAGUGGCUAGAAGCCCUAGUGAGUGCCCUAAGGAGCCUAAUCCGAGCCUUAUAGCCCUUCCAGUCAGGGAGGGAGGCCUAGGAAUACCUCUGCACAAAGACCUAGCCCACGAGCUAUUCCUAGCAGCUAGGGAGGCCUCGCAGCCUACCCUAGACCUCAUCCGGAAGCCCCUAGCCCCACAGCCUACCCUAGACCCAGGCCAGCCUAGGCUAGGAAAAACAGCAUAA